ACAAAAUAAUUAAUUAAUAAUACAAUUAUGGAUAAUCAUCGUCGAAAUAGCAUAAUAGAACCUUCCGGUGGUUAUGGGUCAGAUACGAGAAAUCCAAUGAAUACGACGACAUUACCUCCUAAGCCACAACAGCGAGCGCCUACAGAUUUUAAUCCGAGGCCACAGCGACCAGAAUUCUACCAGCAAGGCCAAUACAAUGUACCCAACAGGCCCUUAGGGCCACAGCAACAACGACAGCCACCACAUCACCAACAGCAACAGCAGCAGUCCAGGACGACUGACGACAAGGUAAACUCUUGGAACCUUAACCGGCAAGGUAUACCGCAGGACGUUGUCCGAGGUCCGACACCUUCGCAACAACGACCGCCAUCGCAAUCGCAGUACUACAACAUGCAACAAAGGCCACCACCACCUCCGCAAGAACAACAACAAUACAGGCAACAACCACCAUCGUUGGUACAGGACCGCCGAUCCUUGCAGACUCGGGUCGAGGAAAAACAACCGUUUAGACCGGAAAACGGUAGGCCCGCGAGACCUGUAGUUGGUAGUGGUAUUGAUGACGACGAAGAAGUGGUUGUUAACUCUUCUGUUAACCAACAACCACCACCACCACCAUUGAAUCGGAGGGAUUCUACGUUGCACGCUGGUGGUAGGCCUCCUGAAGGUGUUGAACCGAACAGGCAGUGGCAAAGAUUGGCGGCAGCGGCCACGGCGCAAGGUGCUGGAAAGUACGGCAAGCCACAGCAGGAUCAGCAAUACGGCCGGCAACAACCGUCGCUGGUGAUGCCUGAAGGCCAAGAGCAACAGCGUUACAACAGGCAACAGUUUCAGCAGGAUGAAGAUAUCAGGCGCCCAUCACUGUCGAACAGCCAGAAGCCUAGAGACGUACCAUCGAUAAUUAGGCGAGAUAGUGUGAUGGAUGGUAUUUCGAAAGUAGCGGACGUGAGUUUACGUGGCAGGAAUGAUGCACCCGUCGAAUAUGGCAGGAGACCACCUCCGGUGGACAUGCAGGAUGACAGGAAGGCAGCAGUGGAGCAGGAAGCAGCCAGAAGGCUGGUUCCACAAGACUCACAGGAUGAGAUCCGGCGGCAGGUGGAAUACAGGAAAGCGGAAGUUGUCAAUGAAUUUGGUUCUGGAGGGUCAAAUGGAAAAUUAGUCGCACCCCGACCAGACAUGAACAAAGAAGAUAGAUCAACCAAAGAAUACGAGGAGCAACAGCAGUCCCGAUACGAGCGAAAAGUAGAAAAAGAAUUUGCAGGCCCAAAGGCCGUGGAACAUGGAAAUAGAGCCUCGGAACUAAGAAAGUCGCAUUUUGAGGCUACGCACAUGAAACCAGUCAAAGAACCACAGAAGUACUCGAUGGUGGACGGUGGUGGUGAUAAUAUUGAUAAGACAUUUGGCAAAGAGCUGCCAACGAAAGUCGAGGAAAUGGGGAAUAAGACCAGAGAUUAUGCUGCUAUUGCUGCGUCUAGGCCGGCCGGUGAACACGAUACGAAUGAUCGGAAUAAGACGAAAACAAAGACCAUUGCGGACAACGUUAGAAAUAGGGACGAACCGAUAGUGUCGCAGAGUAAAAAUUUGAGGCCCGAUACUUUAAAAAUAAUAAAAGAUAUUGAGCCCCUCAAAGACUCGUCGAACUCGAAAGGUAAUCAUAGAGGUGAAAAUGACGUUGGAAAGUCACCAAGCAAAAUUCCGAAAAAAGAUCGAUCCGAAUUGAAAACACCUACUAGAGCCAUCACGCCUAAAUCCCCGGAAAACGCAAAUUCUAUCGGCCAAAAAAAGUUACCGAUGAACAAAGUACAAGUGGGAUCCGCACCAUCUCCGAAUCUCAAAGUAGUUAGAUCUAAAAUCGGUUCACUACAGAAUACCAGCCACAAACCAGGUGGUGGUCAGGUGAAAAUUGAAAACAGAAAACUAGAAUGGAAAGCCGGCACGAGAAUUGAGGCGAAAAAUGACACAUAUGUUCCCGGUGGAGGUGAUAAGAAGAUUCCAAGCGUCAAGCUUCAAUGGAACGCCAAACCCAAAGUAGGUUCGCUGGAAAAUAAAACACACAAACCUGGCGGUGGUGAUAAGAAAAUUGAAACUGUUAAACUUGACUUCAAAGACAAGGCAAAACCGAAAAUAGGAUCCAAGGACAAUAUCAAACAUACUCCUGGUGGUGGUGCAGUUAAGAGCCAAUCGACACAAUUAUUAGAACCGGAAUCGCACGACAUCGAGGAUCAAAAAAUGGAAAUAAAAGCUCAAAGCAAGGUGGGCUCAUGGGACAACGUGAAACACAGGCCCGGUGGCGGAGAAGUGAAAAUAUUCGACGACAAAAGUUACAUUAAACAAACGACAGGACAGAUUGGUACGCCGACGAAAUCACAGCUCCGGAGGAGUUCUAGUUUGAAAAGUCCAAUAAAUAUGAAGUUAUUUAGUCCUGAAGAAAGAACCAAAAGUCAAGUCAAAAUAGUUGUGACACCAACUAGUGAAGAAAACUUGUAUACUAAAAUAGGAAUGGAGACCAAUAAGGCUGGAUUCAGAAGGUCUGCAUAUAAUCGAUCACCAUCACUACAAAAUAACAUGGUAAUACCUGAAGAAGCAGUUAGAUCAAACAAUUGAUCAAGCAUAAUCAACAUUUAAGAACUAUGUAAUUUUCCACCUAUUGUACAGAGUAUUUUCAUAAAACACACCAGAUGUGACAUAAGGCUUUUUAAAUUUACAAUUCCUAAUAUAUAAUAAUAGUUUAAAUCUUCAUAAUUUAAACUUCUAGAUACAGUACACAUUUGUGAUGAUAUAAAAAUGGCCCAGUUUAAAUACUAUUACAAAAUCAAAAUAUAAUACAGUAAGUACAAAAGUAAUCAUAAGAUAAAUUUCAUACUCGAAAAAACAAAAUUAAGCAGGAAAAAAAAUCAAACAAAAUUCAGUAUAUAAUAAAAUACAGUUAAAAAAAAAAA